AUGGCUAAUUUCACGACAGGUGGGUUUCUCCUCAUGGGACUUUCUGCCAAGCCUGAGCUAGAAAUCGUCUAUGCUUGUCUGUUCCUCCUUCUCUACUUGUUGGCUUUAGCUGGCAACAUGCUCAUCAUCACCACCACGUCCCUGGAUGACAGUCUCCAGUCCCCCAUGUAUUUCUUCCUGAAGCAUCUCUCCUUUCUGGAUCUCUGCUACAUUUCUGUGACUGUUCCGAGAUUAAUUUACAACUCUUUCAUGCAUAGAGGAGACAUUUCCUACUGGGAAUGCGUUUUUCAGUGCUUUGUCUUCAUGCUCUGUGCAGUUUCUGAGAUGGCCAUGCUCACGCUGAUGUCCUAUGACCGCUACGUGGCCAUCUGUCUGCCCCUGCACUAUGAAAUCAUCAUGAAUGUCAGAACCUGUGUCCAGGGAGUUGUUGGUGUGUGGGUCAGUGGGGCCAUCUCUGGAGCCAUGCAUACGGCAGCUACUUUCUCCAUCCGCUUCUGUGGCCCCCGCAUCAUUCAACAGUUCUUCUGUGAUGUUCCCCAGAUACUGAAACUCUCCUGCUCUAAUGACUAUAUCAGUGAGCUCGGUGUCAUUAUCUUCCUUGGUUUUGUGACAUUUUUUUGUCUUGUCUUUAUUGGAUUCUCCUACAUGCAGAUAUUCUCUUCUGUGCUGAGGAUGCCAUCUGCUGAGGGCAGAGCCAAGGCCUUUUCCACUUGCCUCCCCCACCUCGCUGUUGUCAUAUUGUUUCUUUCUACAGGUUUCUUCGAGUACUUAAAAUCUCACUCAGACUCUCCAACUGUGUCAGACAUUUUUCUCACUUUUAUGUAUACAGUAGUUCCACCAACAUUCAAUCCAAUGAUCUACAGCCUGAGAAAUAAAGCUGUUAAGUCAGCUGUAAGAAACGUUUUUAACAGGAAAAAAUCAUAUUUCUGUCGAUGGCAUUUAUGUAUUCUUUGUAGGGAGAGAAUUUUAAAUUCAAUUGGACAAUCUUGA